GAACGGGCAUUCUACUCUGCUUGAAGGGUAAUACCUGGGUAUUGGAAGAGAGUAAAUUGAGAGCGUCAGUUUCAAUUUCCUGGAAAAAUGUCUGCCAUUGUGGAGAAAAUGAGUGCAGAAAGUGAGCAGAUCAAGUCCAAGAAAGGAAGAAAGGCUUCCAAAGCCAAAAAUGACAGUAAUACUAUUGCAGAUUCUUCCAAGGCCACAGAAGAGUCAUCUGUGUCUACUCCUCCUGCAAGGGUUGAAGAAGAAGCAGAUAAAGAGAACAGAGGAGUCUCAAUUAAGAAGCAGGGUGGGAGGAAGAAGGAGACUCUGAAGAAUGUGUCGAAUCUUCUUCCUGCGUCUGCCUCACUAGAAGACGAGCUGCAGGAAAUGACGAUCAAACUUCAAAAAAUGAAUCUGGAGAAGGAAAGAAUGGACAAAUUACUGGAGGAGAGGGAUGCCCUGUUGAAGGAAAAGGAUGCCGAACUCCAACUCAAAGAAAAAAAUCAAGAGAAGCUUCAGGAGAACUUAAAGAAGCUCCAGAAAAUGAAGGAGUUCAAACCUGUUAUAAGUUUUCCUCUGGAUCAGUCUUUGCACAAUGGUGAGCAUGCAAAAGACGAGAAGAAAAAGAAGAAAGCUGACACAAGUAGGCAAAAGAAGCCUUCUACACCAUAUAUUUUGUGGGUCCAGGAUCAGUGGAAUCAGGUGAAAUCUGAGAAUCCUUGUAUUGCAUUCAAGGAUAUGGGGGCCAUUAUGGGAGCAAAAUGGAAAGCUUUGAGUGCCGAAGAGAAGAAACCAUAUGAAGAGAAAUAUGAGUCUGAAAAGGAAGCUUACCUACAGGUUGUUGGAAAAGAGAAGCGUGAGAAUGAAGCAUUGAAGCUUCUUCAUGAGGAACAGAAACAUAAAACUGCACUUGAUCUCCUCGAGCAGUAUCUGCAAUAUAAAAAGGUUGCAGAGGAAGAUGAGAAGAGCAAGAGAAAGAAAGAGAAAGAUCCACUAAAGCCUAAGCAGCCAUUAACUGCAUUUUUUGCAUUUACCAAUGAACGCCGUGCAGCACUACUUGUAGAGAAACACAAUGUUCUGGAGAUUUCAAAGAUUCUGGGAAAGGAAUGGAGUAGCAUGUCCAAAGAAGAGAGAGCUCCAUAUGAACAGAUUGCUGCAGAAGCAAAAGAAAGCUACAACCAAGAAAUGGAUCUGUACAAGCAAAAGAAGGCUGAGGAGGCGAGUUCUAUAUCUAGAGAAGAGGAGGAACAUAGAAAACUUGAAAGAGAACAAGCAUUGCGGCUCUUGAGGAAAAAGGAAAAAGAGGAGACUCUGAAAAAGACAAUAAAUCUAAAUCUUCAGCAAAAGAAGCAGGAGAAAGAGAAAAAAGCUGAUCCUAACAAGCCAAAGAAGCCCCUAACAUCAUUCUUUCUUUUCAGCAAAGAGACAAGGAAGAAGUUAGCCAAUGAAAGGUCCGGAAUCAGCAACGAUGACAUCAUUUCGCUUAUUUCUAUUAAGUGGAAGGAUUUGGGCGAUGCAGAGAAGCAGAUGUGGGAAGAUCAGGCAGCAAGGGCUAUGGUACAAUAUAAAAAGGAGAUGGAAGAAUAUAAGAAAAAUCUGCAGCAAACACAAGACAGCAAUACAAUAAAGCCUCAGCAAAAGAAGCAGCAAAAGGAGAAAAACACUGACCCUAACAGGCCAAAGAAGCCCCCAUCAUCAUUCCUAAUUUUCAGAAAGGAGACACGGAAGAAGUUAGCAGAGGAAAGGCCUGGUAUCAGCAAUGCUGAAGUCACUGGGAUCAUUUCUAUCAAGUGGAGGGAAUUAGGAGAUGCAGAAAGGCAAAUCUGGGAUAAUCAGGCAGCAAAUGCGAUGGUUCAAUACAAAAAGGAGAUGAAAGAAUACACUGAAAAAGUGAAAACACAACGCAUACAGUUCAGCCAAGAGGAAAUGGAAGUGGGCAGCUCCACGUCAUCCAUAGGAACAUCAUGAUUACUUACAGACGAACACAUGCUCAAUCCUUUUAGUUGAACAUGUCGAUUCUUAGUUUUAAAUUACAAAUGUAUGUGAAUUGAAAUAUAAUUAGCUGACGAUAUGGUCAAUCUUAUUAGCAGUUGAACAUAUCAUUUUUUACAUUGUAAAGUUUUUAAUGAUUAAAUAUUUUGUUUUGUGUUUUUA